AUGUCAGACCCACGAUCAGAACCCAGCACCAAGCCCAAAGUGGUGUGCUGCAUUGGCGACAUCCACGGCCACAUAAACAAAGUCCAAAGACUCUGGUCCAACCUCCAGUCCCAAAUCGACCCACAGGACUUCAAGACCGCGCUCAUCAUCUUCCUCGGCGACUACUGCGACCGUGGGCCACACACCCGCCAGGUCAUCGACUUCCUCAUUUGCCUGCCCACAACGUACCCGGACCAGACCCACGUGUUCCUCAGCGGCAACCACGAGUUCGCUUUUGCCGCAUUCCUCGGAGUCCUGUCUCGUCCUCCGGACGAGGGGUUCGAGUUCUCGGAGGCGUGGACGGAGUACGAGGGGAACGAGGAGCGAGAAGGGGGGUUCAAUGGAAAUGGGUACGAGGAUAUGCACUUGCAAGGGAGGAUGUGGGGCGGGACUACCAAGGAUAGGUUCGAUGCAUAUGGGAUAGAGUUCAUGGGCUCGGUCUACGAUGCUGGGCCUACUUUUGAGUCCAAUGGUGUUCCUCAUGGGUCUGCUGAUUUGGUUAAGGCAGUUCCUGAUGAGCACAAGAAGUUUCUUGCUGAUCUAGUUUGGGUGCACGAAGAGAGUUAG